GAUUUGAGUUUGACAAGUAGAUAUUGUUUAUUUUAUGAAGUGAAUUUGCCCUAUUUCUCUGGAAAUAAAGAAAAUUUUGAUAAAUAUUAGGAAAAUGGUAUAAACAGCAAGAUGCCGAGAAGUCUGCCACUAAGAAUAAGCAUAAGAGACUGUUUAGUUUUAGUUCUUUUAGUGAUAUUUAAUACAAUCCACAUAACAGACAUGGCUAACAACAAUAUGGAUAUACAAAGCAAAGAAAACAAAAUUAAAGACGAUUCAAGUGACAAAGGGGUGAAUUUUAGUGAGAAUGAGGAAUACUUGAAGAGUUGUCCUUCUGUGGACCAGGACAUUUCCGAGUGUUCCUCCUUGCAGUAUCCUUGUAUAAACUGCGACAGAAACAUAGACUGCCGCUAUGGAGGCUUCUACAACUAUUCCUGUACAGUCAAACCAAAAAUUGUUUGUAAUGGCACCAAAACGUUCAACAGAACAGCCAUGUGCCGGUUUUGUUACCAGACUGAGAAAUGGGAACACCGCUGUGAUCAGAAAGCCAACUGCAAUUCUCUGGCCUCUCCUUUAAAAUAUUACUUGACAAACUGCACAGUAUCUGAUGAUGUGGUCUGCCUCGGAAAACGCAGAUUCCUAAAGAAGAUCCGAUGUUCAUGGACUGCUGGUACUCGUUGGGGCACAGCUGUCAUCCUUGCCUUAACACUUGGUGGUUUUGGGGCCGAUCGGUUUUACCUCGGCCACUGGCAAGAGGGGAUUGGAAAACUGUUCAGUUUUGGAGGCCUGGGAGUUUGGACCUUAGUAGAUGCCUUACUCAUUGGAAUCCACCACUUGGGGCCUGCUGAUGGCUCCCUUUACAUUUAAUUUAUGGUCUCAGUGAAUAGAAAUGUAGUAUACUUGUACAUCAUUUAUUGAAUAAAAAAAUCUCUUAAAUUA